AUUGCAAUUGUAGGCACCUUCUUCUGCUUAUUUGGCUGUCACCGUUCCUACUUAGACAGUACACUCCCUAUUCGACGUCUGAACUCCGCCUGUUAGAGAUCUCCUGCAUUUUUCGUAUCUUCGACUCCACCGACUAUGUUACCGCUCCACCUGCAGUGUUGUGCCAGGUAAUCCUAUGUCUCACGACGCUUCUUUUCGGAAUUGUCAUUUCUCAUCAAAUCAAUCUCUGAACACGGACUAUGCCGUCCGGCAAUCCACCAAGACGCAACAGACCUCGACGCGGAUAGCAAGACCAUUCUCUGUAUCCCAUAGCGGCCACUGCUCUUUGACAGCCGCACUUCUCGGUCCUUUCGCUCGUCUGAGCGCACUAGCUGGACCGCAGCCGACGAUCACUGCCGAAAAGCGACCAUUGAAGAUUUUGAACACAGGUAGUACCGUAAGCCGUCAGCAGGUCAACAAUCAGCCUCGUAAUUUAUCGCUAUGCUUGGUUGGUUCC